GGAGGACCCAAACCACUCGCUCUAGCACGCUAACGAGGUACUCCGUAGUAUUAAUCCGUAGUGGGAUCCUUCCGAAAACUCGGAAAAUGCCCCUGAAUCUCUCUGCCUACCCGGUACUCCUUGGCAUCGCGACUGAAUGAAAAUGAGACGAUCUUUGCUCAGUUUUCGGACGGUUGCACCCUUCCCCAUCGAGACAAUACCUUACCUUAUUAUCUUCUCACCCCGAGCAAAGCUGGCCGUUUUCAUCUCUCAAUUCAUUAUUGCUGCCACCAUGAGAUUCUCGCUGUGGACAACGUCGGCGCUGGCGGUCGCAGCCAGCGCGCAGAAGGAGGCACCGGCACGGCAGCAGAUCAAGAUUGACGCCGUCUUCCCCCGCAACGAGACGUACAGAGAAGCCCGGAUAUUCCCCAUCAUCUUUGCGGUUCAGAACAUGACGGCCAUCCGGGGGUCAAACGCCACCUUCGAGCUCUCUUGGGGCAUCCAGCGGCUCAAUGAUGGCUAUUCGCCCGCGGGAAUCCUCCCUGACGAGGGCUCCUUCUUGCUGAGGCCGAACGACACCGAACCGGCCCGGGGCUCCGAGGACAAGAACAAGUAUAUGUUCCAGUGGUACCUCUUCCGGUUGACGGACGAGGGCGGACAUCUCCAUUCGUGCGUCCCGCCCAAGGAGACCGAUAGUCACAGUUCCGCAAACGGACUUAUGAUCUUUCAAGCAAAAUGGAACGCCUACCUUCGGUUCCACGGGCUGGAGGACGCCGAUUACCUUCGCAAGGUUGCGACAUCCCGGAGUGCCCCGAGUUCCUGACGCUGGUCGAGAACGCCACCAGCCCAGGCUGCCCCACCGUCCAGGAGGUCCAGGGAGCCCAGGGCAACCCUUGCGCCGUCAAGAUCGACCGGCCCGCCGUCACCAGGAACGCUGUCAGAAAAGACACGAUGCUGAGGAGGUGGGGGCCCUUGACCUGGACGCGAAAUGAUACCCCAAGAGAGAGAGGGCUAGAGGAAGGGAACGCGGGAAGGCGGGAGAAAACGGUGGGAAAGUGAUGUCAGCGAGACACUAUUGUGCCCAUUAUUUACAGCAUCGACGCAUGAUCCAUUUUGGUGAGGAUUAAUUACGUGCUAUGACUUAAAAUAAGUUGUUUGUUAUUUCCGGACCUAUCUCCAGCUGAGCCAGGGCGUUUGGGGAUCUGCAAAGUGUUUAAGAGUGGACCGAUGGAAUCAUACAGAGGAUUAUUAAGUCUUCGCGAUUGUAAUAUUUGUUGUUGAUUAAUCAAACAGUCUCCUCGAGGGAAACGUCACUCCGACAAUUGGGUGAUUGGCCGUGUUCGGCAUUGUGUCUGACUAUACGAGCCAGCAACCGGUUUUGGUUGUUUCACGACCGGGAUUGGCCAAUUGCUGGGCUGUUUGACAGGUAUAGGGCAACGCGUCCUGCAGCCACAGGGCUCCCCCGCCUGCCAAGUUUACAUGUCAGCCAUGUCGAGGAAACACCCGGGAUGGGGCGGGUAAUGUCAAGAGGACGCGUCUAGACCCCGGUACGACGGAGAGACAUGACGGAGAGACAUGUACGUGUCCGCUACACUAUAGAAAUAUAUACGUA